UAUAUAAGUAGUAAUUUUCCUUUCAUCUAAUUCAUUCAUCCAAUUAAUUAAACACAAAUAUGGAUUCUAGAAAAAUACAUCAAAGAUGGGAAAACGUUUCUAGCAAAAUUUUCUAAAAAAAGCUUAAUCUAAUCCAGUAGAUAUAUGCCCUGCACCGCACAACUCAAAGAAGCAAGGAAAGGAAUUUGAUGAGACGUUUUCAAACCUACAACAUAUUGUAAGAUUCUAGCGAAACUUUAUCGCUUGGCCUCCAGAAUUUUCCAAAAAAUUAAUUGAUUGCUGAGUCACGUGUUGGAGGAGCCUUGCUGAAAGUCGACAGUGAGGUAGCGGGUGUGGAUUUUUUUCUGUUCCAGCUCAGCAGCACAAGACAAAUUCACUACUCCGUUGGAGAAGAUUUGUUUACCUUCCUUCCAUUUUUAUUUACGUGGCUAUGCAUUCUUAAGAAUAGACAUGCCCAUUAAAGAUGCUCUAAUGGAGUGUUAUAUGAAAUGGAAUGUGGACUGUAGACUUGUGGAAUGACAGCCAUGGAAUUUCUGAGAAAACUCAAACUUGCAGUGGAGUCAGUGGACUUUUCUAAUCCCUACGAGACGAGAAUGAUAAUAUUAUUAAAGUUGUCUACAUACAAACCAAAAGCCACCAUUUCAAAGAAAUUUCAGACUCUAAUUAUCAAAUAAACCCAUCCCGUAUUCCUAUUCUCUUCGGAGGCCGGAGGAGCAGCGGAUGGGUCAGCAAUAGCAACCGCACCACCACCACCACCAGCGGCACCCGGUCAUCGAUGUUCUUCUCACAGAGCUUGGCGAAGAGGAUAAAUCACUAGGAGUCCACCUGAACAUCGGCCAGCCUUCACUAUCCUAGCGAUCUCCGCUGUGAGCCUGUGACAGGGAAAUUUCUCCGUGGAUGGUCAUGGCAUAAAGUGCAAGGAUCCGCGCUGGUUACAUCAAUAGAUUUAAGGGGUAACUUAGGCAUUAGAGUAAUUUAGUUGCUGUGUAUAACAAUUUGAGGGCUGCCAAUAGAAUUACCCUUUUAAAAACUGAAAAAUCCGGUUUGGAUUAUGUUUUUACUGAUGUCUAAGUUUGGUUCAUCUGGUCCAAGUCCGUUUGUGUUUAUUUAAGCUAGGUCAAAUUUGUUUUGGUCUAAGAUUUAAAUCUCAAAUAACUUGAAACAAGCCCUCCCCUAGGAAUGGACCUGUACCAGUCCCGGUUUUUAAUUGAAUAGACUGGAAUCGAUCCGGACGACUACUGUACCUGGUUCUGGUCUGGUCUACCCGGACGGUCCUAGUCCGGUCCUGGGCCGGUUCAGGACCUUUAGAUAAAAAAAACAUUAAGUUACAAAUUAUUGUACACAUCACAAAAAUAAAUGUAUAUUUAUUUCAAACACUUGAGUUACGGAUAUUUUAUCAAUAAUACAUUUGGAAGUUACAAUUGAGAAUAGUUUAAAGUCGAAAAUCAAAUUACAUGUACUAAUCAUCCGAGUCGCUUCCGGCGUCGGUUGUCGUUUCCUCCAUGAAAUGACAGUCCGGUGCUAUGUUGACAUCUUGAGUUUUAUGGCGGGCCUUCAAUCAAUCAUGGAAACAAACGAGUCUCUCAAGAGAUGAAGCGCUCAACCUCGUUCUAUAACCGUUGAAACUGGUAUCGACAACACUUGUUUGGCCAUUUUUGAUAAAACCGGAAACAUCCCUUCGUGGCUCUUCCGCCAUUGAAGAAUAUCAAAGUCGUUCGCUUCAUUAUGCUCAAUAGGAAAUGUUAGAUAUAAAGACACCUCGUUAAUCCAAUAUUAGAGCACACAAAUCAGUAACUUUUAAAUAUAUUGAUUGUGGUGCUACCCACAACUUCAUCUCACAGAAGGUUGUUGAUAAAUGGAAGAUACCAUUUAGUUACAUCAAGGGUUAUGUAGUGCAAAUAAGGGUUAUGUAGCGCAAAUAGGGAAUGGAGAAUUUCUUCCCAACAAUGGCAGAUGUGAAGGGGUAACAUUGAAUAUACAAGGAAAUAACAUUAUGCAGAAAUUCUACAUUUUGGACUUGGGUGGAACUGAUGUGAUGCUGGGAAUGGAGUGGUUAACUGGCCUAGGAGAUAUGGAAGUUAACUUCCAGAACCAGACUUUAAAAUGGAGAAAACAAGAGCAAAAUUAUAUUAUCCAAGGAGAUACUGCCCUAAAUGAGAUGGAUGUUCCAUUGAAAACUGUCACUAACAUUUUACAGAAUACAAGGGAUGGAUACUUGCAAUACUGUGAAGGUAUAGAGCAGGAACAAAAGCACAUAACAACUCAGGAUGAGACCGGGAACACGAUGGUGGAAGAAUUUCCUGAAGUCUUUAAAUGAACUCUAGAUCGGCUUCCUGAAGGACCCUGUGAUCAUGCAAUAAAUAUCAUAGAGAGAGCCAGCAUACCCAACAUCAGACCAUACAGUCCCAAGAAAUACUUGACAGAUGUUACACUUUCAAGGAGUGAAGCAACUGAAAUUCAAGGACUUGAGUUAUAUCUUGUAGCUAAAGCUAUUAACAAAUGGAAGAUGGAGCAGUUGGUGAUUAGUAAAGCCCAGUUGCAUCAUGAUAAAAAACCCCCCAAGAUGCUUUGAAUGUAGAGAAUCUAUUGAUGCUUUUGCUAGAAGAAGUGAGGAGGAUAAGUCAAGUAGGGAAUUUCAUGGCUCUGAAACCAAUGAGAUAUUGGGAAGGUAGAAGCGCCAGAAGGAAGAGAGAGCGGAAGAUCUUGGCUGUUUCCUAUCACCCACCUUGACGACAAGGUGGAUGUUUAGGAGGGGAGUAUUGAUAGGGAUACAACUGUACUUAAUAAAGAAGAUAAAUACUAUGACCGAGUAUAUUGUAGAAGGAAUAAAGAGACUAAUUAGUUGAUAGUUAAAUUCUGUUGUUAGCUAUUAACUACUUACGGUUAAGCUAGAUGGUUAUGAAUAGAAUAAGUCUGGGAGAGGUCAGUAGGCUGUUUAGACUUUUGUCUUGGGACUGGGAAGUUAGAGAGUUAUCUCUUUCUUUUGG